AUGAUGCGCCCAGCAUGUCGCACGUCCCAUCGCAUGCUAAGCAGUGUCGCUCGUGGGAAGCAGUCAGCACAAUUAGCGGACGAGAGCGCAGCUCAUGCGCAGAUCAAGCGCUAUAUCUUGACGAACGAUCCUCAGAGCGCACUGAAGCACUAUACAGCUUGGCUUACCCAUCGCUCCGUCUUACCGCCUCCGCGUACGCAAGAAAUUGUGAUCCAGUCCUUUUUCAGCCAUCGCGCGUACGAAGAAGGUCUGCAAGCCUAUCGACUUUUCCUCGAAGCGAAAAAUGAGCCGACAGUCAGAUUACAGACGGCUGCACUGUCUGCUGCUGUCAUAAGAGCCAGACAAGCUAGCGCAGAUCCUGUGCACCACCGUCUGGUCGCCAUCCUCGGGCGUUUCCUCGUGUCUGGGAAGGCGCUCGAGGACGAGAUUAGCGUCAGCUCUGCGAUUAAUGCCAUGGCUCAGCUUGGUCAAUUCGACGGUAUAGAGCGGAUCGCGCAACAGUACAACGCUUUACUCGAUUUGAAGGGCGAGACUUCCAGUUUGGGUUACUACCGUGCUCGUAUGAAAGCUUAUGCGCUUCAAGGCAAUCUCAACAAAGCCUACGAUAUGCUUGUCGAAUGGCGUAAUACUUGCAAAGCCGACGAUGCGCAAAGCGCCUUGAUCAUAUUUGACCUGAUCGAGCUGGUGUCAGAGCAUGCACCGCGAAAGCCCGUCUAUGGCGAAUUGCUCAGUCUCGUCAAAGAAGCUAGCAUCCCGUUAGAUCGACGCGCGCUUGAGAUACUCAUGGUUGCUGAGCUCAAGCUAAGACAUCUGUCUACCGUUCAGUCUCUCUUCGACAAGCACGUCGCGCUAUGGGAAGCCCCUGUCGAGCCUGACGGAAUUGAGAACCCGGACUAUGCUCUCGCAGAUCGCGCAUUUGUCACCGUCUUUCGAGCCCAUCAUUUGUCCGCCCGAAUGGCAAGGAACAGACGGUACAGAACAGCUCAAAUGACAUCGCACGAGCCGCUGUUAGCUGAGAUGGAAUCGCCAUCAGAGCUCUCUUUGGACCCGAGAGCCAUCUUCCGGGCGAUGGCACGCAGAGAAAAAGACCGUCUAGCUAAUCGCGCAACUUCGAAAGCGUACGCUCGAUCACCGUUCAGCAUAGAUGCUCUCAAAGCUGCUAUGUCCGCUCUUAUCACUCAACGCGACUGGCUCGGUACGCUGGCAGCCUUCAGAGCUGUUUCCCGCUUUGGCCUGAGCCUGACGCCGCCGCUGCUGUGCCAUAUACGAGACGAGCUUCUCGGUCUAUCAAGAUGGUGCCAUCUGACCGAGCUGGAGGAGAAAAUUCUCAAGGGUGUAAAUAGGCUCAAGCUCGUCCAUCUUGCACCGGCCCAGCAGGUUCUAUCUGCUUCUUUUGGGAGGCGAUCGCUUUCACGACCCUCGCUGAGCACGAGACAGUAUCACGUCUCUGCUGUCCUGCCAGUCGGCGGUAUGUUACCAAAGCGGCACUACGUCGAAGACGUACUCGAACUUCUCGCUUGCUCGCACAGUGAAGCUUCGGAUGCGCAGCUCCAGAUGGAGUAUCACCGUGUACAAGCCUUCAUGUUCGACCAAUAG